UUUUUCAGACUUUGCACUAACUCUCAAAGAAGAAGAAGAAAAGAUCUGAGAGAGGUCGAAUGAUCCAAGAGAAGAAGAACAAUCUCUCUUAGAUCGUUUGAUCUGAUCUGAUCCAAUCGACGAAGAAGAAGAAGAAUGGGAAUCUUAUUCACGCGGAUGUUCUCUUCCGUCUUUGGUAACAAAGAAGCUCGAAUCCUCGUCCUCGGUCUCGACAAUGCUGGCAAAACCACAAUCCUCUAUCGGCUUCAGAUGGGAGAAGUUGUCUCUACGAUUCCGACUAUUGGAUUUAACGUUGAGACUGUGCAGUACAACAAUAUCAAGUUCCAGGUCUGGGAUUUAGGUGGACAAACGAGCAUCAGGCCAUACUGGCGAUGCUAUUUCCCGAAUACACAAGCAGUGAUCUAUGUUGUUGACUCGAGUGAUACAGAUAGAAUCGGGGUGGCGAAAGAGGAGUUUCAUGCAAUUUUGGAGGAAGAUGAAUUGAAAGGUGCAGUGGUUCUGAUAUUUGCAAACAAGCAGGAUCUUCCUGGUGCACUCGAUGAUGCCGCUGUUACAGAAGCCUUGGAGUUGCAUAAGAUAAAGAGUCGUCAAUGGGCAAUCUUCAAAACUUGUGCUGUUAAAGGCGAAGGACUUUUCGAGGGAUUGGACUGGUUGAGCAAUACAUUGAAGUCGGGAAGUGGCUAAAAUUAUCUUCAUACACCAAUCUGUCACAUCCCUCAAGAGUGUAUCUUUGAUCAUUUUUACUUAUUGGUUUGUUUAGUAUCAUUUUUAUCUUAGUUCUUCAUCUUAAAGAGUUAAUAUCAAUGACGUGUUCACUUAAUAUUGUCUCUUUUCUUUGUUGUUUUGUUUCAUUCUGAAAAAAAAAACUCAACACGGAUUUUUGAUUGAUACCCGUAAGGGAUAUAUCACCUUUUAACA